GGACGAUUAAAAUCCUCUUCCAAUGCAGAGAACGGUUCAUUCUCUGCAUCGAGUCCUCCACUCACAUCUCAACUGCAUACCUGCCUGGCCACAAACGGACAGACAUCCUCAAGUCUAGUCCGCCAAACUGCACUUCAAUAUUCUACGCUCCUGACUCAUUUUUUUGAUGAAAGUUGGAGGCUUUAUAGGUACUCGAAGAUCCUAGCUGUUCGUUUUCGUUGGCUUCUCGAAUUCGUUUCCAACAAGACAUUGGCUCCUGAGGUGGAAGACUGCUUGCGUCCCCUCCCUAGUGCUGCUUGCUCUCUCUGCUCUUUUUACCCAACAGUAAAGAAAUGGCAGGGUAGGGGCUACAGAUCAGGGGAUCCUCCUAGCUUUUCUCUGCUGCCGGUUUGAUUUUCCAGGGGGAGGUGGGGGGGGGGGGGAAAUGGAGGUUAUGAUACUUGAUUCGUUUCUUGAGGUGGUAUGCAAUGCGAUGGUGUGUGCGCCCCUUCCACAGCGCAAAAGAUGUGAGCUUUCCGACAUCUAGCUAGUACCAUCAGUCACCAUGCUUCACAGGCAGAAGAAAGAAGAGGUCUGAGCUCUUCCCUUGGGCUUGGGACAAAAAUGGAGUCAUGGAGCAUUAGAGCGGCCUACUUCCUAUUCUUCUCCUUGCUUGUGUCUGAUAGACUUGGGUCUUGUGCUUCCAUCAAUGGGCAAGGGAGACCUCUUUUGAGAUUCAGAGAUAGCAUAGCAGAAGAUCCAUCUUCGUCGAAUUGGGAAGUGAGUUGCUCAGAUGAUGGAAAGAUGGUGGACUUCAUACUCAAAGGCUACAAGUUAUCUGGUGAAUUGCCACCUGACUUGCAUAAACAUACAGUGAUUUCAGAGGCUCUUUCUGAUGGAGGGACACAAUCUUGCAGAAAAUUCUUAACAAAAACAAUUCAGAGUGCCAUCCAACGGCGACUCCUACAUCCAAAUGACCAUCUAGGUCCGGCAUCUUCUAUCCAUGCACCAGGAGAAAACUCACAUUUUGAUCAUUCGUCCAAGCCUGCUGGUCUUGAACCUGAAACUAGGAAGUCUUUCAUGCUACCUCACCGGGAAAUCUACACAUGGGCCAUCACGGGAGCAGUUCUCCUUGUGGUUGUAGCUACUAUCAUAUAUCUAUUCUUCUUUCAUCGAAAGAAGGAUAACACUGUCAUGCCAUGGACUACUGGACUCAGUGGACCACUCAGGACUGCUUUCGUGACAGGUGUGCCUUCUCUAGGAAGGGCAGAGCUUCAGACUGCAUGCGAGGACUUCAUCAAUGUGAUUGGCACUUCAUCCGACUGCACGUUAUAUAAGGGAAUUCUGUCAAGUGGAGUUGAAAUAGUUGUUGUCUCCACUUCAGUCAACUCUGCCGAAGAUUGGUCAGAUCGGUCCGAGGAGCAAUUCAGGAACAAGAUCUCAGUAUUGUCCAGAGUGAACCAUAAGAACUUCAUGAACCUACUCGGUUACUGCACAUGCGAGGAACCAUUCACAAGGAUGAUGGUGCUCGAGUAUGCUCCUUGCGGUUCCCUCUUUGAGCAUUUGCAUAUUAGAGAAGCAGAAGAUUUGGACUGGCCUACACGGCUUCGCAUCAUCAUGGGAGUAGCAUACUGCUUAGAGCAGAUGAGCCAGCUAGACCCUCCUGUCACCCCAACAAACCUGAGCUCCUCAUCCAUCUACCUGACCGAUGACUACGCGGCCAAGAUCUCCGACAUGGAAUUCUGGAAGGACGACAAAGACGCCGCUUUGCAAAAUCCUAUUAAUGACCAAGAAAGCAUGAUCGUGUACAAGUUCGGCAUCCUGCUGCUUGAGGUGAUCUCCGGUCGGCUACCGUUCUCUGAAGACCACGGCCUGCUCGUCUUGUGGGCGUCGAGCUACCUGGACGGCAGGAGGCCGCUCAGUGGGAUGGCUGACCCAACUCUGAAGUCGUCUGUGCCUGACAAGGAUGUGGCGGCGUUGUGUGAUGUUGUGAGACUGUGCAUAAACCCGGAGAGAGAGAAGAGACCAGCCACGGGCGAGGUUGCGAGGAUGAUGAGAGGUGUCACCGCGUUGUCGCCGGAGCAGGCGACCCCGCGGGACAACCCCCUGUGGUGGGCCGAGCUUGAGAUUGCCUCGGCGGAAACCGGUUGAAAUUCAGAGACAAGGGAGCAAGGAUAGCUAAACUGAAUUUUCUUUUAUUUCGUCUUCAGUUAUUUUGAUGUCUCUUUUCCUUUUUUUUUUUUGCUGCGGAUCACUGUGAAUCUGCAAGCUUUUUUAAUUUUUUUUUUA